AACAACCGAUAAAACUCGAAAAGCAGUGCUACCUCGGCGACCAGCUGGGUGACCAGGUGCGGCCCAGCGUCGCGUUAGCAGCAUGUUCGAAACAUCGUCGGCUGGCCACACUGCAAUCACGCUGCUUUAAUUUCCAGGAGCUGUAGAAAAUUGGCCAAUUUCAGCAGGAUGAGCGAGGAAUUCAAGCUGCCCAAGCGUUCCCGCAAGCGCACGCGUGAGGUGAAGCGCAAGGCUCGCCCGGAACUGGACGGCGAGAAUGCGUGGUCGGCCAUGCGGUAUUGCGAGAAGUUCGAGCCGUUCUGGGACUUCACCGAUAACCUGGAGCGGAUCGAGGAGUCGCAGGUGCCGGAAUCGGAGUUCAUUGAACGCUUCGAGCGGCCCUACAAACCGGUCAUCAUUCGCGGCUGCACCGACGGCUGGCUGGCGCUGGAGAAGUGGACACUGGCCCGCCUGGCGAAGAAGUAUCGCAACCAGAAGUUCAAGUGCGGCGAGGACAACGAGGGCUAUAGCGUCAAGAUGAAGAUGAAGUACUACGUGGAGUACAUGCAGAGCACGCGCGACGACAGUCCGCUGUACAUCUUCGACAGCAGCUUCGGCGAACACCAUCGCCGGCGCAAGCUUCUGGAUGACUAUGUGGUGCCCAAGUACUUUCGCGACGACCUCUUCCAGUACUGCGGUGAGAAUCGUCGUCCGCCUUACCGCUGGUUUGUCAUGGGACCGGCUCGCUCCGGCACCGGCAUCCACAUAGACCCGCUGGGCACGAGUGCCUGGAACACGCUGAUCCGCGGCCACAAGCGCUGGUGCCUGUUCCCCACGCAGACGCCCAAGGAGAUGCUUAAGGUCACCAGUGCCAUGGGUGGCAAGCAGCGGGACGAGGCCAUCACCUGGUUCAGCACCAUAUAUCCGCGCACCCAGCUUUCCAGUUGGCCGGAGCAGUACCGCCCCAUCGAGGUGCUUCAGGCAGAAGGCGAGACUGUAUUCGUGCCCGGCGGCUGGUGGCACGUGGUGCUCAACCUGGACGACACCAUUGCCAUUACCCAGAACUUCAGUUCGCAGACGAACUUCCCCUGCGUCUGGCACAAGACUGUUCGCGGGCGACCAAAGCUGUCGCGAAAGUGGCUGCGCGUGCUGCGUGACCAGCGACCGGAGCUGGCCCAGAUCGCCGAUAGUAUUAACCUGAACGAGAGCACCGGCUUCGCGUCGGACAGCUCCAGCAACUCAAGCUCCUCCUCGUCGAGCAGUUCCUCAUCGUCGUCGGAGGAGAGCGACGAUGGCGGCGAUUCCAACACGGACAGCGGUCAGGAGAGUCUAACGGCCAAGAAGAAAAAGAAGCGACGCAUGGCUGGCGGCGGCGGCGGCGAUGCGGGGUCCGCUUCCAUGGGCGGAUCCUCGCGUUCCUGAUGCAGGGAGCGGGCCAAGCGCAAGGGCUUGCUCAUGCGCCUCUUUCAGCGCCAACUGAUGCUGCUGAGACGACUGCCCCGCUGCCGGCGCAGUUAGCAUUGAGAUCGUAUUCAUAAUCCUCUGCAGUCUGCAGCCGCAUCAGAGUUUUGUAAUAUUUUUCUACUUAGACCAGCAUGUUUGCAGCUCUUUGAUCCCGUGCUCGCCCUCAUCGGAUGCCUGCCUCCCUCUCUGAUUUCAAUAGAUGCUCUGAUCGUGACUCAUUAGCGUAAACCCUAAAUGCAAAAAUAAAUAAAUCCAAUAUAUUUGUA